AUGGCUUCCAGCGCGCCUAGCAAGACCAUGCUCUGGGGCGGCCGCUUCACAGGCGGCCUCGACCCAUUGAUGGUUGCCUACAACGAGUCCAUCUACUACGACCGCGCCUUCUACGCCCAGGACAUUGCGGGCAGCAUUGCCUACGCCCGGGCCAACACCAAGCUGGGCAUCCUGACCGAAGACGAGUUCCAGGCCAUCUGCAAGGGCUUCGAGCAGGUCAAGGAGGAGUGGGCAUCGGGCCAGUUCGAGAUCAAGUCGGGCAUCGACGAGGACAUCCACACGGCCAACGAGCGCCGGCUGGGCGAGAUCAUCGGCACGGGCAUCGCGGGCAAGCUGCACACGGGCCGCAGCCGCAACGACCAGGUCGCGACCGACAUCCGCAUGUGGCUGCGCGAGGAGCUGCGCAAGAUCGAGGCCUUCCUGGUCGACUUCCUUAAGGUCAUUGCCGCGCGCGCGGACAAGGAGAUUGACGCCGUCAUGCCCGGCUACACACACUUGCAGAAGGCGCAGCCCAUCCGCUGGAGCCACUGGAUGCUGAGCUACGGGCAGCAGUUUGCGUUGGACCUGCAGCGGCUGCGCGAGGUCAUCAAGCGCGUCAACCGCUGCCCGCUGGGCUGCGGCGCGCUGGCCGGCAACCCGUUUGGCAUUGACCGCGAGGCCGUGGCCAAGGAGCUGGGCUUCGAGGACCUCAUCUACAACAGCAUGCAGGGCGUGGCGGACCGCGACUUUGCGCUCGAGACGAUGCAGUGGGGCAGCAUGCUGAUGAACCACAUGAGCCGGUGGGCCGAGGACCUGAUCAUCUACAGCAGCGGCGAGUUUGGCUUUGUCCGGCUCGCCGACGCGUACAGCACGGGCAGCUCGCUGAUGCCGCAGAAGAAGAACCCGGACAGCCUGGAGCUGCUGCGGGGCAAGGCGGGGCGGGCGUUUGGGCAGAUGGCCGGGCUGACCAUGACGAUCAAGGGCAUCCCGAGCACGUACAACAAGGACCUGCAGGAGAGCGUGGAGCCGCUGCUGGACCACGUCAAGACGGUGGGCGACAGCAUCCAGAUUGCGACGGGCGUCAUUUCGACGCUCGACAUAUCGCGCGACAAGAUGCGGGCGGCGCUGACGCCCGACAUGCUGGCGACGGACCUGGCCGACUACCUCGUGCGCAAGGGCGUGCCCUUCCGCGAGACGCACCACAUUUCGGGGCGGGUGGUGGCGCUGGCGGAGAAGUCAGGCACGCCCAUGGACAAGCUGUCGUUUGAGCAGCUGCAGGGCAUCGACGCGCGCUUCGAGCCGGACAUUGUCGAGUCGUUUGACUACGAGAAGAGCGUCGAGAUGCGCUCGGCCAUUGGCGGCACGAGCCGGUCGGCCGUCGAGCAGCAGAUUGCCGUCAUGAAGCAGAUGCUCGAGGGGCAGUAG